AUGUGGCGGCGGCUUGGCCUGCCCUCGCUGUCCCUGAGCCCCAAGCCCACGGUUGGCCGGAGCCUGUGCCUCACCCUGUGGUUCCUGAGCUUGGUGCUGAGGGCCAGUACCCAGGCCCCAGCACCCACAGUCAAUACUCACUUUGGGAAGCUAAGGGGUGCCCGGGUACCAUUGCCCAGUGAGAUCCUGGGGCCUGUGGACCAAUACCUUGGGGUGCCCUACGCAGCCCCCCCCAUCGGCGAGAAACGUUUCCUGCCCCCUGAACCACCCCCAUCCUGGUCGGGCAUCCGGAACGCCACACACUUUCCCCCAGUGUGCCCCCAGAACAUCCACACAGCUGUGCCCGAAGUCAUGCUCCCUGUCUGGUUCACGGCCAACUUGGAUAUCGUCGCUACUUACAUUCAGGAGCCCAACGAAGACUGCCUCUACCUGAACGUCUAUGUGCCCACGGAGGAUGUAAAGCGGAUUUCCAAGGAAUGCGCCCGAAAGCCCAACAAGAAAAUUUGUAGGAAAGGAGGAUCCGGCGCUAAGAAACAGGGCGAGGACUUAGCGGAUAAUGACGGGGAUGAAGAUGAAGACAUCCGGGACAGUGGCGCUAAGCCUGUCAUGGUCUACAUCCAUGGAGGCUCUUACAUGGAAGGGACAGGCAACAUGAUUGACGGCAGCGUCCUGGCCAGUUAUGGCAACGUCAUCGUCAUCACCCUCAACUAUCGGGUUGGAGUGCUAGGUUUCCUGAGCACUGGCGAUCAGGCUGCCAAGGGCAACUAUGGGCUCCUCGACCAAAUCCAGGCCCUCCGCUGGGUGAGCGAGAAUAUCGCCUUCUUCGGUGGCGAUCCCCGCCGUAUCACCGUCUUUGGCUCGGGCAUUGGCGCGUCCUGUGUCAGCCUCCUCACGCUGUCGCAUCACUCUGAGGGGCUUUUCCAGAGGGCCAUCAUCCAAAGUGGUUCUGCUCUGUCCAGCUGGGCUGUGAACUACCAACCAGUGAAGUACACCAGCCUGCUGGCAGACAAGGUGGGCUGUAACGUGCUAGACACCGUCGACAUGGUGGACUGUCUUCGGCAAAAGAGUGCCAAGGAGCUGGUAGAGCAGGACAUCCAGCCUGCCCGCUACCAUGUGGCCUUUGGCCCCGUGAUUGACGGUGAUGUCAUUCCUGAUGACCCGGAGAUUCUCAUGGAACAGGGCGAGUUCCUCAACUAUGACAUCAUGCUAGGUGUCAACCAGGGUGAGGGGCUCAAGUUUGUGGAAGGGGUGGUGGACCCUGAGGAUGGGGUCUCUGGCACUGACUUUGACUACUCGGUCUCCAACUUUGUGGACAAUCUGUAUGGCUAUCCCGAGGGUAAGGACACCCUGCGGGAGACCAUCAAGUUCAUGUACACGGACUGGGCAGACCGCGACAAUCCUGAGACCCGCCGUAAAACACUGGUGGCGCUCUUCACUGACCACCAGUGGGUGGAGCCGUCAGUGGUGACAGCUGACCUGCACGCCCGCUAUGGCUCGCCUACCUACUUCUACGCCUUCUACCAUCACUGCCAGAGCCUCAUGAAGCCUGCUUGGUCAGACGCAGCUCAUGGGGAUGAAGUACCCUACGUGUUCGGUGUCCCUAUGGUAGGCCCCACUGACCUUUUCCCCUGCAACUUCUCCAAGAAUGACGUUAUGCUCAGUGCUGUCGUCAUGACCUACUGGACCAACUUUGCCAAGACCGGGGAUCCCAACAAGCCGGUCCCCCAGGACACCAAGUUCAUUCACACCAAGGCCAACCGCUUUGAGGAAGUGGCCUGGUCCAAAUACAAUCCCCGAGACCAGCUCUACCUUCACAUCGGCCUGAAGCCAAGGGUCCGCGAUCAUUACCGUGCCACUAAGGUGGCCUUUUGGAAGCACCUGGUGCCCCACCUAUACAACCUGCAUGACAUGUUCCACUACACGUCCACGACCACCAAAGUGCCGCCCCCGGAUACCACCCACAGCUCCCACAUCACCCGCAGGCCCAAUGGCAAGACCUGGAGCACCAAACGGCCAGCCAUCUCCCCCGCCUACAGCAACGAGAACGCCCAAGGGUCCUGGAACGGGGACCAGGACGCGGGGCCGCUCCUGGUGGAGAACCCUCGUGACUACUCCACUGAAUUAAGCGUCACCAUCGCCGUGGGGGCCUCCCUCCUCUUCCUUAAUGUCCUGGCCUUCGCCGCCCUCUACUAUCGGAAGGACAAGCGGCGUCAGGAGCCCCUGCGGCAGCCCAGCCCUCAGAGGGGAGCCGGGGCCCCUGAAUUGGGAGCUGCUCCCGAGGAGGAGCUGGCAGCGCUGCAGCUGGGCCCCACCCACCACGAGUGUGAGGCGGGUCCCCCCCAUGACACCCUGCGCCUCACUGCACUGCCCGACUACACGCUGACCCUGCGGCGCUCCCCCGAUGACAUCCCACUCAUGACCCCCAACACUAUCACUAUGAUCCCCAACUCCCUGGUGGGGCUGCAGACAUUGCACCCCUAUAACACCUUUGCCGCAGGGUUCAACAGUACCGGGCUGCCCCACUCACACUCCACCACCCGGGUAUAG